GCAUGCCCCUCUCCCGUUGCAACAACAGCAGGUAGCACUGUUUUUGGAAACGUCAAGAGGAGUGUGUGUGUCAGUAUGUGUUUUUAUUGCCGUACGCAUCAGUUAUCGAGUGAGAAAGUUCAUGUUCGGUUCAUGUUUGUGAGCAUAUAGAAAAACGAACCGGAGCCGUCGUCGCCAUUUGAAGCAGCCCCAUAGCCAGGUCGUACGCAAAGCGCCACGAACGCCAUCUCGAUUGGGGUGACUGCGCCGCCAGCAUCUUUUGCAACACCACCGCGGUGCGGGAGGAGGGAAGAGGCAGGGUGUGGCACAGAACGUCGACGAGCCACGAGAACCGAUCUCCAGCGGAAAGGCGAGCAGAUAGAGAGACCUAAUCUCUGGAGCCGUUGAUGAUACGCCAGCACCGAGCUGCCAACCAAGCUGCCGUGUGUGUGUGUGCGCGCGCGGAGAACAUCCACCGGAUCCACCGGCACCAGACGAAGGCGCGCGAAGGAAGACAGGAAGGGCGGAGCCGUUCAUAUAAAUAUAUAUUUAUGCUAUCGUGAUUCGUAGCAUCGAUUAGCAGUGUCGUUUGGGCGGUCAGCGAACGCGGACGGUUGGGCGGACGGUCGGUUGUGGAACGACGGUGUGGAAGUGCGGCAUUAGCUAUCUAUCGCUCACCCCUUCGAGCGCUCGCUCGUGUCUUCAGCACAUCAUAUCGUGCACUCGGGGCGCGAUCACCACCUUUUGCAGCAGGAGGUUGCAUUGUGUGCAGCGCGUUGAAGCAGACCGGGCAGACGUUUUUCAAUCAACCUUUUUAUCAACCUCGACGCAGGCCGGUUUUCCAGCAUUCCCAGGUGGCGCGGCUGCAUCGAACGUUUGCGCGCGCGCGUGUGUGUCGUGUUUUGUGCCUGUCCAGGGGUUGUGCUUGAGGCGAACCUCCAUCGCUUAUCGCGAUCAACAGUUGGUUUUCCCCCCGGUGGAACGCUGUCAGUGCUGAGCACACGAGGCCUAUAUCUAGUUCCAGCCUUGGACGCGGUUCGUCACUCUGCCAGCUAAUACAGCAACAAGUGUCGCCGUGCACGACAAUACAGCACGAACGUGCGAGCCCGAUUUGCUAUAUAGUGUCGUCGCGGGCGGACCCCUCAACACGCAGCAGCGUGUGUCCCUCUCGACGGACGGCGAGCUCACUCGGCGCAUCAGUCGCGCGAAACGUCGCCAGCGGAAGGGUUAGCAUACGACCGGCCUAGAACCGAACACCAACCGGCAGGAUGAGCAUGAGUUCGUACACCGAGAGCAGCUCGGAGGAGGACGAUGUGUCGCCGCGCGACCGCACCAUGCAGAACUCGAAGGGCUACACGGACUUUUGCGUGCGCAACAUCAAGCAGCACUCGUUCGGGCGGCACGAGAUCGAGAUCGCCGAGCAGGAGAUGCCGGGCAUCAUGGCGCUGCGCAAGCAGGCCCUCGAGGACAAGCCGCUGAAGGGCGCGAACAUCGUCGGCUGCACGCACGUCAACGCCCAGACGGCGGUGCUGAUCGAGACGCUCAUCUGCCUGGGCGCGAACGUCAGAUGGGCCGCCUGCAACAUCUACUCGACCCAGAACGAGGUAGCGGCCGCGCUGGCGGAAAGUGGCGUCCCGAUCUUCGCCUGGCGCGGAGAAAUCGAGGAAGACUUCUGGUGGUGCAUCGACAAGUGUGUGCACGCCGAAAACUGGCAGCCGAACAUGAUCCUGGACGAUGGCGGCGAUGCCACGCACUUGAUGCUGAAGAAGUACCCGGUCAUGUUCAAGAUGAUUAAGGGAAUCGUGGACGAGAGCGUCACGGGUGUGCACCGACUCUACCAGCUGUCGAAGACGAGCAAGCUGACCGUGCCGGCCAUGAACGUGAAGGAUGCGAUCACUAAGACCAAGUUCGAUAGUCUCUACAGCUGCAAGGAAUCUGUCAUUGACAGUCUGAAGCGCGCCACGGAUAUUAUGAUCGGCGGCAAGCAGGUCGUGCUAUGCGGCUACGGCGAGGUUGGCAAGGGUUGCGCCCAGGCCCUCAAGGGACUCGGCUGUAUAGUGUACGUCACCGAGAUCGAUCCGAUCUGCGCGCUGCAGGCCUGCAUGGACGGGUUCCGCGUGGUGAAGCUCAACGAGGUGAUACGCACGGUGGACGUGGUGAUCACCUGCACCGGCAACAAGAACGUGGUCACGCGCGAGCACAUGGACAAGAUGAAGAACGGCUGCAUCGUGUGCAACAUGGGCCACUCGAACACCGAGAUCGACGUGAACAGUCUGCGCACGUCCGAGCUGCAGUGGGAGAAGAUGCGCUCGCAGGUGGACCACAUCAUCUGGCCGGGACCGGACGGGAAGCGCAUCAUCCUGCUGGCCGAGGGGCGCCUGGUGAAUCUGUCCUGCUCGAGCAUUUCCUCGUUCGUGGCCUCCAUAUCGGCCACCACGCAGGCGCUCGCACUAAUCGAGCUGUUCAACGCGCCGCCCGGCCGCUACAAGGCGGACGUCUAUCUGCUGCCAAAGAAGAUGGACGAGUACGUGGCGAGCCUGCACCUGCCGACGCUCGAUGCGCAUCUGACGGAAUUGACCGACGAACAGGCGCGAUAUAUGGGCCUCAACAAGGCCGGCCCAUUCAAGCCCAACUACUACAGGUAUUAGUAUAGCAGCAGAGCGUCUCUUCUGGGGCCUCGGCCAGUUGCUCCGACCCGCCGUCUGGUUCGUCAUAGUGGUCGGUGUGUCCCGUUACCGGCAUCCUGCCCAGUCACGACUGUCGGUGUCCUUACGAGUUAGCAGCAAGAGGGAGAGAGGAAUGGGAGCCACCCCAUUUUUCCAACAGGUUCCAAAAUCCUUGCUGCAUUGGUUCAAACUCUAGCUUGUAUUAAAUCCGGCCUAUGGAUUACACUAACCCCUUGAACUAUUUUUAUGAAUUUGUCACACAGUAUGUUAACUAAACAACCAAAACCAGACCCAGCUUUUAUUGUUGUUAGCUUUCCCUUCCUUUCAGUAUCCAAACGGUUAUAAUACAGACGGACCAUGUAAUUGAUGGAUGACAAAAACUUUUGCCUGAAUGAUUGAAUUAAACAUAUGACCUAAGGGAAGGUAGCGCUUGCUGUGAGCGCAUCUAAUUGUUAUCUAAAUCGCCGCUAGAUCUCGAUGAAGGAGCCAAUGCAAGGGUUUUGGAAAAUAAAAACCAUCACAUAUACGGGGAUCGGUCGGAUUAAACUAGCUUGUGGGCGGUCGGAAGGAAGAGACAUAUUAAUAGCAGCGAAUAGUACACAAGAAAACAUUAGUUGUUAUACAUUUCUGAUAAAGAAAAUGGAAAGCCAGAUGAACACAACACACAUGUUUCAUGCCUGAAGCGAACCUUUUACCUUCUCCUUCAAUUAGAAAAUAUUAAAUUAACGAUCAACUUCCUUAUUGUUUGCCUAAUUAACAGCAGUCUAGAACGUUCGAAGUAUUGCAUGUUUUCCUUGUUCAAAAUUGUCUUACGUUCGGACUGAAACCGAAUUUCGUUGAAUAGCAAAAAUGGCUGCUCACUGCUGUCCCUUAGGCGUUAGAAGCAGCACACACCGAAUAACGUACGAUCCCUUGUGAGAAAGCGAAUUUAUAGACAUUAAUUUGACUACUGCACCACUAGCCAGGCGAGACAGCGGACAAUGGAGUUAAAUGCUAUGAGAAAGAAAGGUAUAACCAGGGAGGAAAAAGUGCAAAGAUCACAAGAUUUUUUUUAACCUGCAGUCUUGUGCUUUUAGCGAGUGAUGGGUAAAGUCGUUGAAAUGUGAGAUGGGGAGGGGGGGGCACCGGAACGGAACGAGUGCGCCAAGCUUGCAAGCGGAAUGGCACGAGCAAAUGGAUUUACUUAUUGACUACCACUUAUACCAAUCUAUAAAUAUAUAUAUACACACUACUGAAUAAAAUCAGAACGGAAACGGAACACAUUUCCACGAGAGAACAAACAAAAUAUAUUCUAGCAAGUAGGGAUUGUAGAAUAGAGUGCAGUGUAAGAAACGAAGCUAAGAAAAAUACUGUAUAAAAAAAAUCAAAUUCACACGUGCAGCAAAGUUGUUGAAGAAAAAGUCCGAGAAACAGCUAACAGGGGCGAUGAAAGUAAAUGUGCUGAGUACACAACUCUUUCCCGAAUGCAGAACAACAUUAACCUAAAGGGCACAGUGUUAGCCAGCGGCCACAUCGAUCGAGCAUAUGCGUUUGCUCUAGUAGUUGUAUAAAAAAGAAGUAAUCAGGCAAAAUUAAAAAAAAAGGAACAAUGAAACGAAUUUCUUCCGCCGCUUCCACGCUAUACUAUUUGCCAACAAAUAGGUGCGAACUGUUGAAAAAUUAUUGUUAAUAAAAAGUUGUCGGAGCGAGAGAUAGAGAGAGAGAGAGGGAUACAGAGAGCUAGUGAAACGUAGGUAUUAGACGCGUCGUUUUAAAAGAUCGAAAACCUGGACAGAAUUAGCAUGGUUCCGCUUUGUUUGAAUGUUUUGUUUGCUAUUUCCUCUACAAAAGUGCAUGUUCGCGAAGGUGUGCAAUCUCUUCUCUACGUUGGUUACUAUAUUCUGUGCAACCGGUCCCCAGGUUGGGUCCGGCUUCUUUUCACUGUCAAUUAGCUAAUCCAAGCGACAGGUUGUGUUUCGGUUCAGCCCGGUUGAUUGUUGUGUUAAACCACAAGAGCACGUUGUACACGGCAUUCCGCAGAGAGAAAGAGAGAUAGAGAACAUAAAUUGUGACCGGUGGCUGUGGGAAUGUAUGCUCCAUCGGCGUGCGUUUACCGUAGAAACGUUCGGUAAUCGGUCCGUCGUACCGUUUGUUACUCUUUUCACUUGGUUAGAAACACGUGCACGUUAUAAGUAUGUUCUCUCAUUAGCAGAAGAAGGGUCAUAUAGAAUGCAACUCUUUUUAGUGCCCCAAACUGCUAAUAGUCUGAUCCAUCCUACGUAGGACUCAAACACACACACCACCCUUAUUAAUGAAAAGGAGCAAAACAUAAAUGAAAAUAAAAACUAAAGAAACCAUGUAAAAUGAAUGAAUAAAGGGAAUGUAUUUACGCUCAUCGGAGUAACGAACAAAAACAAAAAAGAACUGGCACACUUCAAACAUAUAUUUUAAAAUUACAUUAAAUUGCAUUACAUCUAUUCAGCAUGCUGUAAAUCAUACGAAGCGUUGUGUCGGGUUCUAACGUUACCAUCUGCCAAUUCUUUCAACACACAAAUUAGCUUUUUAUCGUUUUGUUUUUUCGUUAAUGUCUCGUGGUACAAUUCGGGAGUUAACCGAAAUGGACCCAAUUUUCAUUCUUGUAACGACUUAACAUACAGUUGCCGAAAAUGUGUGUGUUUUUUAAACCAUGUAAAAUAGUAAUGCAGUGUUUCACAACAUAAAGAUAUAAUUUUUAAAUUCAAUGGUCCCUA